ACCUAGAUUUAGGUACAUCUUACAGUAAGAUGUCCGUCACGGCCGCUCUUUCCUUUGUGCAGAAAAACGUGUAAGCUGAUUUCUUCGUGACGCCUCACAGCCGUUGGAAAGGCAACCAUGAGUGAAGAUCAAGAGCACAGACCAAGACUAGCGAGCGCAGAUAGUACGUUUUUGGAACCUCCUGCAAAGAAGAUGAAAAAGAAAAAGAAAAAGCACAGCUCUGCACACGAAACGAACACCACUAGAUAUUCAGUCAAACAUGGUGGUGAUGAAGUAACAAUCUCUCCACAUCUUUCACCUCUAGUGCACUACGUUCAUAACCGCACAGAACUGCUUGAGCAGGUCUUCGAUAUUCUUUCGGAAAGUGACUUGAAAAGGAUAUUGCCGUCCAGUUUGAGGUCAACGGGACUGGAAGAGUUGAAGGAGAUAUGUCUACAUCAUCUUAAGAGAGUUUCGGAGAAAAGAUUGUUGUCCAUUAUUGCUGGUGAACAUUAUGAGUCUGACCACCAUAUUGAAGAGACGGAAGAAGAGUCAAAAGCAACUCAAAAUACAGAAGCGAAUUUUGAGGAUGCUCUAGUGGAACCUGUGGUGUCUAGUAGCAUAUCAGAAUUGCCACCACCUCUGUCUGUUAGUAAUCCCUCUAAUGCCACAAGACUAAUGAGUGUGAAUGUGGGAGGAGAGGAGGAUAACAUAGAAAUAAUGGUUGAAGAUGACUCUUUGGAUGAUGGCAACAAUAAGGAUGGCCAUGAGGGUGCUAGUGGUGAUAAUAGCCAUAUUACAGAACAAAGUUAUAAUGAUGACGUCUUGCAGCAGGUAAUGCCUAAGCAAUCUGAAAAACAACUAAAAGGAAAGAAGAAGAUAGUGGAGCAAACCAGGAGCCAAACAAAAGUGACGGGUAUGAUUGAUGACAAUGUUCCUCUUAGUGAGCUAGAAAUGAGAAAGAAAGCAUUAAGAUCUGAACUGAAAAAGGAAGAGGUUGUGUCCAAGCAAGACAACCAAGCUGAACGUGUCAGUCCACAUGCUCCCACUAACAAAUCACAACCCAAGACUGCGAGUAAAGCCAAAGGAGAAGAAAUUGACUCUACUAGUGCCGAAAGGGCUGGAAGCAAGAAAGACUUACUAGCUCAGAUAGAACAAAGGCAGAAGGAGUUGUUGAUGUUAAGACAGAGAACCGUUGAGUCAAUGAUUACAUUAUGUAAGAAUCAAAAGCAAGGCAAAAUGACAAAGCAAUCAACCAGGAAGAAAUAGUUGAUGUGUAAUGUAAUAGAUCUACAUGCAAGUAAGACUGUAGUACGGUAUACAGCAGCCUUAUAUGCAAAAGUAAUAGUCAGGAACUGGUUUGAAGGUCACUCCUAACACAUAUUACAGUAUGUACUCUCAUUCUUGUUACUGUGUGAUGGUAUAGUAGGGUAUAAGGCUACUCAAAACUGCCUGCAUGAAUGCAUGCCAAAGAGUUUGCCUGACGACAGAUGUUGCAACCCACACUCCCUACAUAACACCGUUGUCCACUGGGU